AUGGCUGAUCCGGACGCGCCUGCCCAGAAGAGACCUCGUUUGGACUCUGGCAACCCCGUCUAUAACGGCCACCGUCCACACCCCCUUCCACCGCCGCCGCCUCAUAUCCAACCCACUCGACCUGCGUCAUAUUCCUCGCUGGUCCAACCCUCGUCUCCUCCUCCUCCUCCUCCCCCCCGUCACUAUCCCCCCCACAGCUUACCGCCGCCGCCUACCCAGGCCUACCCUCCCCCAGGCCUAGCUUACCCAGGUCCUCUCCCCUCACCAUCGCUUCCUCCCUCUGAUCUCCGUGCCCUCGCGGACCCCAGGACCAUUCCCUCGCCUCGCCAACGUCCUCAUGGCGUCGCCGGCCCUGCUCCCGUAACACUCCCCAAAGACAGCAGCCUCUCCUCGUACCGUGCCCCGCCUACGCCUCAAUCCAUCUCCGCCCCGGAACCUCCCAGCUCUCGCUCUACCAGUCUCAGCAUCGACGUAAAGCCUCCUCAGCCUCCAUCUCAAGGCAUGGAGCAUGGUGGCCAUCAAAGUCCAUGGCCCAUGAACCCAGAGCAUCGCUCCAACGGCAGUGCUUCGAAUGGCUACCACCACGCCAUCAGUCCUUCUCAUGCCAACGGACCCGUCUUCCACCCACCUCCACCUCCGCCAGGCCAGCAGUACGGCCAGCCCGUGGGGGAUCCCUAUGCCCAGAGUCCAUACAUGGGGAGCCAAUAUGGAAGCGCAGCACAGCAAGUAAGAAGAAAGCAGGUUCGAGCCACCCAAGCCUGCAACCAUUGCCGUUCGCGCAAGCAAAAGUGCGACGAAGCCCGCCCGUGCCAGUUCUGCAGGGAGAACAACUUUGAUUGCCAAUACAAAGACGUUCCACCACCAAAGCAAGACAGAAGCAUGAUGCAGCUUCAGGACAGUGUGAAUAACAUAUCCGACGUACUGAGAGAUUUCGUCGGUGAGUUCAAUACGUGGAAGCAGAGCGUCGAGAGCAGACUCCCCGCAGGUCGAGGCCUCGAAAUGGUCUCGAACCACGCCUCACCUGAAGCGGCCUUUUCUGCUCCUAUGAGGGAUUCCAGCACGUCCAGGUGGCCCACGCCCAUUCAAGGGAGAGCCCAGCUUCGUCGAGUCAACAGCAAGAAAAUGGACUCACCCAUCGUUUCCCACUCCCAUAUGUCGCCUAUUGGUAUACAAGCAUCGACUCCAAUUAAGCAGGAAGCCAUUCUGGCCGCACCCCAACAACCAGCGACUCCAGCCGACAGCGUAAGGACCGACCACAGCCGCGCCACAGAUCGAGGUUCGAGAGAAAAGAGCGGGCUCCAAAGCGACCAUACCACUCCAGCUCACAAGCUGUUGUCAGAGUGGCAGGCCAUGAAUACCUUCUACAAGGAUGUCGAUUACCUGAAUAGAUUGGUGGAUAGUGGCCACGAUGUGUCGGAUUAUCCGAUGCAACUCGAGCAGGACCGUGGAUUGAUACGCGUAUGGGGUGUUGGCGAGGGUCAAGAUUUGAAUGAUGGAGCACAGGGACCCGGAAGCCCAGAAAGCAGCAACGAUUCAGACGUACCGUCUCCAGCACCCGGAAAAGAUGGCCUAUGGGGCCACCCGCCCCUGGAUCAUUCUAGUCCAAGUACAAUGAGCGGCAACACGCCGCGAGAAUAUCAGGGAUACGAAGGCGGACUUGGCCAAGAUGGCCGACCCAACUUCCAUUCCAAGACUUUGGAAGACUUGCUCCGAUCCUACCUGGAUAACAUACACGUUCUGCACCCGUUCAUGAACCCUAGCAAACUUAAACGGAUGGUUAGAGAGUUCAUCGAGCAAUAUAGUCCUGACGUGCGGUCUGCGAACGCAAGGUCACCCGCUGGCACUGGCCUGCAACAACAGCUUCAUCACGGAAUGAAGAGAAAGCGAUCCAGCAGCGCCUUUGGCGAGCCUUAUUCCCCCAAAGGCGCAAUCGAACGUUCGUUGCGGAAUGCCAUUGUCCUCCUUGUCCUUGCCAUGGGGAAGGUAUGCGCUUACAAGGAUAAGCUACCGGCACCUCAAAGCGAUAAGAGUCCUUACGUUAACGGUGCUUGGGGCUACACUCGCGAGUCGCCACGGCCCAAUGGCAGCUUCAAUAGUGACUAUUCCGAUGACAAUCGUCCAAGGAACAUUGAUAUCUUGCCAGGCAUGGCUUAUUUCUCUUACGCUACGGACAUUCUUGGGAACCAGCAAGGAGGAAACACUGUUGCUCAUGCGCAAGCCAUGAUAUUAGCUGCGCUCUAUCUGAGCCAGUUUGCAAGAGUCUUGGAGAGCUGGAGCUGGAUUAACAACGCUUGCCGGAUUACCAUGGUUCUCGUCAAAGCCGAUUAUCCCAAACUCGUCCGUACCUAUUAUAUCGACAAUAAGGCGACCUCAUUGACCGCCAAAGAGCGAUAUAGACUGAAUUUGGUCAUGUGCGUUUACUGGACAUGCCUCCAACUGGAAUCCGACAUCUUGGCUGAGAUGAGCACUCUUCCACCGAGUAACAUCUCCGCGCACCAGAGCGACAUCAUGUACCCUGAAGGCGUGUACGAAAAGUUUCCUACGGAUGAGACCGAAGUUCAACAAGCGACUGAAGGCGAUACCUCCAUGUUGAUUUACUCGAGCCAAAUAUGGCUUCGCGUCAUUCUUAACGAGGCACAUAACGCCUUGUACGGCGCUAACGGACGCUCAAGCUUUGACACUAGCAACGUCAAGGAGGUUGCCGAUCAUGCAAGCACCCACAUUGACAUCCUACAGAGCUGGAGACGAGUACUGCCACCAGCGUUGGCCUGGAAGGAUGAAGACCCUCCUUCAACCGACUUGAACAUUGCCCGCGUACGCGCCAAAUACUAUGGAGGUCUCUACAUGAUGUUGCGUCCCUACCUGCGCAUCGCUAGUCACACCAUCGAGUUCCCACCUCCAGCAGCAAGCGCGGCACAUACGUCACUGCACAACUCACCAGCAUACAUGGGGGAGUAUGCGUCCACGCCUACGAACAGAAAUGUUCAAAUGGUGGAACUAUCUGAGGACCAGCGAAAGAUCAUCAAGGUCGCAUGUCAAUGCAUAGACAGUGCUAUCCAGAGUACCAUCGCGUUCGAUCGCGUCGGCGCCCCUCCCGGCAGUAAGUACAGAGACUUCAAAAGUACACGUACAUGCAGACUCGUCGUGACCAACAUCUUCGGCACACUUCACGCGCAAUUUGGAAACAUGCUUGUUCUGGCAGCGGUCUACAAAUCCAAGCUCUACCCCUUGUUGCCGAGCGAUACGCAGCUCACCAAGGCGAAUCUAAGCGCCCUUUUAGCGCGCACCAUCAACUUGCUAGAAGAAGUCUCACCAAACUCGCCGAUCCUGAAAAUGGAUCUCGAAAUUCUUUACAAUGUCCGGAAACAACAUAGCCUCCAUGUCGUCUAA